UGGGCGACAGACUGAGACUCCAUCUCAACAAAACAAAACAAAAAGUGGGUGGGGCCUUCCGGGCAGGGGUCUGCCUGGGCCUGGGCUCCAGGCCUCGGCAGAGGGCAGCUGUGUCCCAGUGGUGACAUCUGGGCUGCUGCUGCUACAAGCAGGAGGCGGACAGGGUGGCUCAGUUGCCAUAGCAACAUGAGGGGAAGUGACUCCGGAUGGACUGGGAGGGAGCUGUAGCCCCCACGCCCGGCAUUUUCCAGCGGGGCCCGGCUCGCUUCACGUUCUCGUUUGUACCAACUGUGGGGAGCAGGCCCUGCUUUGUGGAGGCACUGCCCCCCACCUUCCACUGUCCACCUCAGGUUCGCUGACCAGUUCCUGGGGUGAGGAGGGGGCACUGACCUCCGCUGUGGUUGGUGAGUGAGGACCCCCAGGCCGUCCCCUCCAGGGCCUCCUGGCCAUGUGAGCACUGCCUGCCCCACCUGGGCAUGAGUGCUGCAGCCCAGGCCACCGGCCCCUCCUCUGUCAGGGUGAUGAAGACCAACAGGCCUUUCGUACCCAGGCUUCUCUGUGGUCCGGGAUGUCAGGGUUCUGGCCUUUCGUACCCAGGCUCCUCUGUGGUCCGGGAUGGCAGGGUUCUGGCCUUUCGUACCCAGGCUCCUCUGUGGUCCGGGAUGGCAGGGUUCUGGCCUUUCGUACCCAGGCUCCUCUGUGGUCCGGGAUGUCAGGGUUCUGGCGAGUUUUUACCUCCUGCAUAGGAGAGCUGGGUACCUGGCAUCUGUCCUGGCCCCAGAGUGGGCACAGGGGCUGGGGGAGCUGAGCGCUGUGACCCAGAUCUUGGUCCUCUUGGUGCAGCCCCAGGAGACAGGUGCCUCCCCCUGUGCUGUCAUGGGGAGAGGUGUUGGGGGGCGAGUGCAGCAACCACCUCCCUCUCCAGUGAGACCCCAGGAGCCCCUGGCUGGACCCCCGGCUCCGGGUGGGCACCAGCCCCGCCUUUGAUGGCAUCCGCUACCUCCUACCUGAAGCCGCCCUGUAGGGCGUGCAGGGACUUAGCUGGUCACCCAGCAGGUGUGUGGACAGGAGCCCAGUGCCAUCCAGGCUGUGGGUCACCCACCAUGUCGACCUUGCUGGACAUUAAGAGCAGCGUGCUCAGGCAGGUGCAGGUGUGCCCGUCCUUCCGCCGCAGGACUGAGCAGGAACCAGGGAGUGCCAGCGCCGACCCACAGGAGCCUGCCACGGGGGCCUGGAAACCUGGGGACGGCGUGGAGUUCUUUGCCCACAUGCGCCUCAUGCUGAAGAAGGGGGAAGGCAGACAGGGCCUGCCGUGCCCCGAGGUCCCCCUGCGCAGUGGCUCACCGGCACCCCCAGAGCCUGUGGAUCCCAGCCGUGGCCUGAGAGCCCUGGCCCCGGAGGAGGUGGACAUGCUCUAUGAGGAGGCCCUGUACACAGUGCUUUACCGAGCGGGGACCAUGGGCCCUGACCAGGUGGAUGACGAGGAGGCCCUGCUCAGCUACCUCCAGCAGGUGUUUGGCACCAGCACUGAGGAGCACACCGAGGCCAUCGAGCGAGUGAGGAAGGCCAAGGCCCCCACGUAUGCCUUGAAAGUCUCUGUCAUGCGUGCCAAGAACCUUCUGGCCAAGGACCCCAAUGGCUUCAGUGACCCAUACUGCAUGCUGGGCAUCCUGCCUGCCUCGGACACCACGCGGGAGCCCCGUGCACAGAAAGAGCAGCGCUUUGGCUUCCGCAAGGGCAGCAAGCGCGGUGGUCCCCUGCCCGCCAAGUGCAUCCAGGUCACCGAGGUGAAGAGCAGCACGCUGAACCCCGUCUGGAAGGAGCACUUCCUCUUUGAGAUUGAGGACGUGAGCACGGACCAGCUGCAUCUGGACAUCUGGGAUCAUGACGACGACGUGUCCCUGGUAGAAGCAUGUAGGAAGCUGAAUGAAGUCAUCGGCCUGAAGGGCAUGGGCAGGUACUUCAAACAGAUCGUCAAGUCAGCCCGUGCAAAUGGGACAGCAGGACCCACCGAGGACCACACUGAUGACUUCCUGGGGUGCCUCAACAUACCUGUCCGGGAGGUGCCUGUGGCUGGCGUCGACCGCUGGUUCAAGCUGGAGCCACGCUCUAGUGCCUCGCGUGUGGAAGGAGACUGCCACCUGGUUCUUAAGCUGAUCACUACGCAGAGAGACACCGCCAUGAGCCAGCGCGGGCGAUCCGGCUUCCUGUCCCACCUGCUGCUGCUCAGCCAUCUGCUGCGGUUCGAGCACCCAGCAGAGGAGCCCAACUCCAGCAGCUGGCGAGGAGAGCUCAGCACACCAGCCGCCACCAUCCUCUGCCUGCACGGAGCCCAGAGCAACCUGUCACCCUUGCAGCUGGCCGUGCUGCACUGGCAGGUCAGCAGCCGCCACCAUCAAACCUGCACGCUGGACUACAGCUACCUGCUGGGGCUGCUGGACGACAUGCAGGCACACUGGGAGGAAGCGCCCUCACUGCCCCAGGAGCAGGAGGAGGGCCUCGCUGAUAGCUUUUCCGCCUUCUCUGAGUUCGGGCUGCAGCUGCUGCGCCAGCUCCGCGACUACUUCCCCGCCACCAACAGCACCGCUGUCUACCGCCUGGAGCUGCUGCUGAAGUGUCUGGGCAAGCUGCAGUUCUUCCAGCCCUCCUUUGAGAUCUGCCCCUUCGAGACGGAGCUGAAUAUGGACGUUGCUGCGGCCCUGAAGAGAGGCAACCGUGAGUGGUAUGACAGGAUCCUGAAUGCCAGGAGUCCCCGAGAGCAGCCAGGACCACAGCGCCUGCCUGGGCUGGUUGUGCUGGCCGACGCCAUCUAUGAUGACCUUCAGUCCUGCUACAGUGUCUAUGCCAGCCUCUUCCACAGCAUCCUCAAUGUGGACGUCUUCACCCUGACCUUCCGGCAGCUGGAGCGUCUGGUGGCUGAGGAGGCGUGGGUGCUGACAGAGGAGCUGAGCCCCAAGAUGACGCUGGAGGUGGCCUCGGGGCUCUUUGAGCUAUACCUGACCCUGGCUGACCUCCAGCACUUCUGGGAUAGCAUCCCUGGCCGGGACAGCCGUUCUCUGGCCUUGGCUGGCAUCCACACCCCAUUCCUGCCUGCUGUGAAGCUCUGGCUCCAAGUGCUGCGGGACCAGGCCAAGUGGAGGCUUCAGGGAGCAGUGGACGUGGAUACACUGGAACCUGUGGACCCUUCCUCCAGGCACAGCAGCUCCGCAGCCACUGCUGGUCUCUGCCUCAGUCACAUCCAGGAGCUGUGGGUGCGCCUGGCGUGGCCUGACCCUGCCCAGGCUCAGGGGCUGGGCACCCAGCUUGGCCAGGACAUGUGUGAGGCCACCCUCUUCUACACGGAGCUGCUUCGGAAGAAGGUGGACACUCAGCCAGGGGCGGCCGGUGAAGCAGUGAGCGAGGCGCUCUGCGUGGUCCUCAACAAUGUGGAGCUCGUGCGCAAGGCUGCUGGGCAGGCCCUGAAGGGGCUGGCAUGGCCCGAGGGGGCCCCGGGACUCGAGGGGGUGCUCCCCCGCCCCCUGCUCAGCUGCACACAGGCCCUGGACGAUGACCUGCAGCGGGAGGCUCACACGGUGACAGCGCACCUGACCUCCAAGAUGGUGGGCGACAUCCGGAAGUAUGUACAGCACAUUAGCCUCUCACCCGACUCCAUCCAGAACGAUGAGGCCGUGGCCCCGCUCAUGAAGUACCUGGAUGAGAAGCUGGCCCUGCUGAACUCCUCGCUGGUGAAGGGGAAUCUAAGCAGGGUGCUGGAGGCCCUGUGGGAGCUGCUCCUCCAGGCCAUUCUGCAGGCGCUGGGUGCAAACCGUGAUGUCUCUGCUGAUUUCUACAGUCGUUUCCACUUCACGCUGGAGGCCCUGGUCACUUUUUUCCACGCAGACGGUCAGGGUUUGCCCCUGGAGAGCCUGAGGGAUGGAAGCUAUAAGAGGCUGAAGGAGGAGCUGCGGCUGCACAAAUGUUCCACCCGUGAAUGCAUUGAGCAGUUCUACCUGGACAAGCUCAAACAGAGGACCCUGGAGCAGAACCGGUUUGGACGCCUGAGCGUCCGUUGCCAUUACGAGGCGGCUGAGCAGCGGCUGGCUGUGGAGGUGCUGCACGCCGCCGACCUGCUCCCCCUGGACGCCAACGGCCUAAGCGACCCCUUUGUGAUCGUGGAGCUGGGCCCACCGCAUCUCUUCCCACUGGUCCGCAGCCAGAGGACCCAGGUGAAGACCCGGACGUUGCACCCUGUAUACGACGAGCUCUUCUACUUCUCCGUGCCUGCCGAGGCGUGCCGCCGCCGCGGGGCCUGUGUGCUGUUCACCGUCAUGGACCACGACUGGCUGUCCACCAACGACUUCGCUGGGGAGGCGGCCCUCGGCCUAGGGGGCGUCAGUGGUGUCGCCCGGCCCCAGGUGGGCGGGGGUGCAAGGGCUGGGCAGCCUGUCACCCUGCACCUGUGCCGGCCCAGAGCCCAGGUGAGGUCUGCGCUGAGGAUGCUGGAAGGCCGCACCAGCAAGGAGGCGCAGGAGUUCGUGAAGAAACUCAAGGAGCUGGAGAAGUGCAUGGAGGCGGACCCCUGAGUCCGUCAGCUGCCAACCCCGGCCCUGGCCCCCACCCCGAGUUCCCUGAAGCAUCUUCCAGCUCACUGUGGCCAGCUUUGUGCAGCCAGGGCCCACGGCGCCCCUCCUGUGCUGUGACGUGUGUGUCGUGGCUGGCCCCGUGGCUCCCAUCGCCCUGGCCGUGUCCGUCUGGUGUGUGCUGUGAACCCCUGCACCCAACCCCACAUCUGGGUGGCCAACUUGGCAGGACCUGGCCAGAAGCUGCCUGGGACACAGUGCAGGCCGCAGUGGGCUUGGCCACCAGGCCCAGGGUGAAAAACAGAGACUCACACGCGGCUUCCUGGCCUGCAGCUUCAUUGCGAGCGCGCUGAGGCAGGAUGCAGAGCACAGCUGUGCUGGAAAUGCAGAGAGAACCCGGACAGCUCAGUCCUGCCAGCAGCCACGAGGAGCCGAGACUGCCAGGCCCAUCUACGUCCCUCGUGUCUCUAGAUCUUCUUGUUACCCAGCCUCAAAUAUAUACGUGUCUGCAACCCUCA